UCCAACACAAAACCAAACAGGUUUUACGCUACGCAAGAAAUGGAGAGCACCCAGAGCAACAGUGUGAGGAGCCAUUUCAUCCUGGUGCACGGCCUCUGCCAUGGGGCUUGGUGCUGGUACAAGGUGGUCGCGGCGCUCGAGGCCGCGGGGCACCGCGUCACGGCGAUCGACCUCGCCGCUUCGGGUACCCACCCGGCGCGCGUUGACGAGGUGCACUCGUUCGAGGAGUACUCGCGGCCGCUGCUCGACGUGGUGGCCGCGGCGCCGGCGGGUGACGGCGAGAGGCUGAUUCUGGUCGGGCACAGCCACGGCGGCCUCAGCUUGGCGCUAGCCAUGGAGAGGUUCCCCGGCAAGAUCGCCGCCGCCGUGUUCGCGGCCGCCGCGAUGCCGAGCGUCGGGAAGCACAUGGGCGUCACCACCGAGGAGUUCAUGCGAAGAACAUCAUCGAAGGGACUACUCAUGGACUGCGAGAUGCUGCCAAUCAAUAACAACGAAGGUGCAGGAGUUGCAAUCAUAAUGGGCCCAGACUUCUUAGCACGCAAGUAUUACCAGCAAAGUCCACCUGAGGAUUUGGCCCUGGCAAAAAUGUUGGUGAGGCCGGGAAACCAGUUCAUGAAGGAUCCAGUGAUGAAGGAUACAAGCCUGCUCACCGAUGACAACUACGGGUCGGUGAAGAAGAUAUACGUGGUAGCCAAGGCUGAUGGCUCCAGCACCGAGGAGAUGCAGCGUUGGAUGGUGAUGUUGAGCCCUGGCACGGAGGUCGAGGAGAUCGCCGGAGCUGACCAUGCCAUCAUGAGCUCUAGGCCUACGGAGCUCUGUGAUGCUCUGGUCAAGAUCGCCAACAGCUUAAAUACUUGCUAAAGUGUACGAUAUAUAUCCCUGGAAAUCAAUGUAUGCGUGUACACCAUUUUCAUCUAAAAAUAAAUAUGUUCAGUGAUACUAUUAAAUCAAUGAAAACGAUGUUAAGUAGUA